AUGGGUCUCUCCGACGUCUGCUACAGAUUCCUCUGCUGCGGCACACGCUCGAGAGACAGUAUAUACGACCCGGUGCUGGCAGACAGUGAGCGGGAAGCUGUUGCCGACCUGUUGGGCUUCCUGGAAAACCGAGCCGAAACCGACUUCUUCUCGGGCGAGCCCCUCCGCGCAUUAAGCACCCUCGUCUACUCGGACAACAUCGAUUUGCAGCGCUCGGCAAGCUUGACAUGUCAGAGAAGUCGACCGCGACACGCUGGAGCCUAUCCUGUUCCUCCUCCAGAACCCCGACAUAGAAGUGCAGCGUGCCGCGAGUGCCGCGCUCGGCAACCUCGCCGUAAACAGUACGUGCACCCAACAGCUCCCGGCCGGAGCGUGCUAACCCUCGCAGCCGAGAACAAAGUGGCCAUUGUCGCACUGGGCGGGCUCGCGCCUCUGAUUAAGCAGAUGAACUCGCCUAAUGUCGAGGUACAAUGUAACGCCGUCGGCUGCAUCACCAACCUAGCCACGCACGAGGACAACAAGGCCAAGAUUGCACGGUCGGGCGCACUGCAACCCCUCACCCGGUUGGCCAAGUCCAAAGACAUGCGCGUGCAAAGAAAUGCGACGGGCGCGCUGCUGAACAUGACGCAUUCAGACGACAACCGACAACAGCUCGUAAACGCCGGCGCCAUCCCCGUCCUCGUCCAGCUGCUCUCGUCGUCCGAUGUCGACGUUCAGUACUACUGCACCACGGCGCUCAGCAACAUCGCUGUCGAUUCCAGCAAUCGCGCCAAGUUGGCACAGACCGAGGGCAGGCUGGUCGGCUCCCUCGUACACCUCAUGGAGUCAUCCUCGCCAAAGGUACAGUGCCAGGCUGCACUUGCUCUACGUAACCUUGCCUCGGACGAGCGCUACCAGCUGGAAAUUGUACGCGCUCGCGGCCUGCCAUCUCUCCUUCGUCUCCUACAGUCAUCAUACUUGCCACUUAUUCUAUCCGCUGUUGCAUGCAUACGAAACAUUUCAAUCCACCCCGCAAACGAGUCGCCUAUCAUCGAAGCCGGUUUCCUCAGGCCGCUGGUAGACCUGCUCGGCUCCACCGAUAACGACGAGAUCCAGUGUCACGCAAUAUCCACCCUCCGCAACCUCGCCGCAAGCUCAGACAAGAACAAGCAACUGGUUCUCGAGGCCGGCGCUGUGCAAAAGUGCAAGUCGCUUGUGCUCAACGUGCGGCUUCCAGUCCAGUCCGAGAUGACGGCAGCUAUUGCAGUCCUCGCUCUCAGCGAAGAGCUGAAGCCUCAUCUGCUCAACCUUGGAGUUUUCGAUGUCCUUAUCCCACUCACAGAGUCGGAGAGCAUCGAGGUACAAGGCAACAGUGCUGCUGCACUCGGCAACCUAUCGUCCAAGGUCGGUGAUUAUUCCAUCUUUAUCCAAAAUUGGACCGAGCCCGCCGGCGGAAUCCACGGCUACCUACGCCGCUUCUUGGCCAGUGGAGACCCGACCUUCCAGCACAUCGCCAUCUGGACGCUGCUACAAUUACUCGAAUCAGAAGACGCAAAACUGAUGGAGCACAUCGGCAAGUCGAACGAAAUCAUCGAAAUGGUUACGGAGAUUGCCGAACGCAACAUCGAGUCGGACGAUGAAGACAACGAGGACGGCGAGGGCGAGGUUGUCACCCUUGCACGCAGGUGUCUUGAGCUUUUGGGCAAGAGCCCCAAGACCCUGGUUGAAGGGUAA